GCUUCGUCGGGAACACAAGACGUGACCUUGCGACGUGUGUUGCGCUCAGGUCGCGUUUGCGUCAGCGGCGGACGCGGUGGCUGCUUGGCGGGUUGUCCCGGUAACGGCAGGAGGUGUAGCUGUCUGGUAGCAUCUGAGAGACAGGGUGCGUCAUGCAGUUGAAGCACCUGAGGACCCUGCUGAGCCCUCAGGAUGGAGCUGCCAAGGUAACCUGCAUGGCCUGGUCCCACAACAAUGCCAAGUUUGCUGUCUGCACAGUGGACCGAGUAGUGUUGCUGUAUGAUGAACACGGGGAGCGGAGAGAUAAGUUCUCCACCAAACCGGCUGAUAUGAAGUACGGCAGGAAGAGCUAUAUGGUAAAGGGCAUGGCUUUUUCUCCAGAUUCUACUAAAAUUGCCAUAGGACAGACUGAUAACAUCAUCUACGUCUACAAGAUUGGAGAAGAUUGGGGUGACAAGAAAGUCAUCUGCAACAAGUUCAUCCAGACGAGUGCAGUUACUUGUCUGCAGUGGCCUGCAGAAUACAUCAUUGUCUUUGGACUGGCUGAAGGCAAGGUUCGCGUAGCAAACUCUAAAACUAAUAAGUCAUCUACCAUUUACGGGACAGAUUCUUACGUAGUGUCACUGACCACAAACUGCUCUGGGAAAGGCAUUCUCUCCGGUCAUGCAGAUGGUACCAUCGUUAGGUAUUUCUUUGAUGACGAAGGCUCUGGAGAGUCACAGGGGAAGUUGGUUAACCACCCAUGCCCACCCUAUGCCUUGGCUUGGGCAACCAACAGCAUCGUGGCUGCUGGCUGUGAUCGGAAGAUUGUGGCCUAUGGAAAAGAAGGCCACGUGCUGCAGACGUUUGAUUACAGCCGUGACCCGCAGGAGCGGGAGUUCACCACGGCUGCAGCCAGUCCCGGGGGUCAGUCUGUUGUCCUGGGAAGUUAUGACAGACUUCGAGUGCUCAACUGGAGCCCUCGAAGAAGCCUCUGGGAAGAGGCGAGGCCCAAGGAGAUCGCCAACCUGUACACCGUCACCGCCUUGGCCUGGAAGCGGGACGGGUCGCGGCUCUGUGCGGGCACACUCUGUGGUGCAGUGGAACAGUUUGACUGCUGCCUCCGAAGAACCAUUUACAAGAAUAAGUUUGAGCUGACCUAUGUGGGACCCAGCCAGGUGAUUGUGAAGAACCUGUCAUCGGGGACCCGAGUGGUGCUCAAGUCUCACUAUGGCUACGAGGUGGAGGAGGUGAAAAUCCUAGGGAAGGAGCGUUACCUGGUGGCUCACACAUCAGAUACGCUGCUGCUUGGAGACCUGAAUACAAAUCGCCUUAGCGAGGUAGCCUGGCAGGGAUCUGGCGGCAAUGAAAAGUAUUUCUUUGAAAAUGAGAAUGUGUGUAUGAUCUUCAACGCUGGCGAGCUGACGCUGGUGGAGUACGGGAGCAAUGAGACCUUGGGUUCUGUGCGAACUGAAUUCAUGAACCCUCACCUCAUCAGUGUCCGUAUUAAUGAGCGGCAUCAGCAAGGAAUGGAAGAUAACAAGAAACUGGCUUAUCUUGUUGAUGUUAAGACCAUUGCUGUAGUGGAUCUGAUUGGCGGCUACAACAUUGGUACCAUCAGCCAUGAGAGCCGUGUGGAUUGGCUGGAACUUAAUGAGACUGGGCACAAGCUCCUCUUCAGGGACCGAAAGCUUCGUCUGCAUCUGUACGAUAUCGAAAGCUGCUCUAAGACAAUGAUCCUCAACUUCUGCUCCUACGUGCAGUGGGUUCCUGGAAGUGAUGUCUUGGUGGCUCAGAACCGAAACAACCUGUGUGUGUGGUACAACAUUGAGGCUCCUGAGAGAGUCACCAUGUUCUCUAUCAGGGGUGACAUCAUAGGCCUGGAGCGGGGCAAUGGAAAGACCGAGGUGAUGGUGACAGAAGGUGUGACCACCGUGGCCUACACGCUGGACGAGGGCCUUAUUGAGUUUGGAACAGCCAUUGAUGACGGCAACUACAGCCGAGCAACAGCUUUCUUGGAGACCCUAGAGAUGACCCCCGAAACAGAAGCAAUGUGGAAAACCUUGAGUAAACUGGCACUGGAGGCAAGGCAGCUCCACAUCGCCGAGAGGUGCUUUUCUGCUUUGGGCCAUGUGGCAAAAGCUCGAUUCCUGCAUGAGACCAAUGAGAUUGCAGAUCAUGUGUCCUGGGAAUAUGGCGGAGAAGGGACAGACUUCUAUCAGGUCCGAGCACGUCUGGCUAUGCUGGAAAAGAAUUACAAACUGGCUGAAAUGAUUUUCUUGGAACAGAAUGCUGUCGAGGAGGCUAUGAACAUGUACCAAGAACUGCACCGCUGGGACGAAUGUAUCGCUGUGGCUGAGGCCAAGGGACACCCAGCCCUGGACAAGCUGCGCCGGGAUUACUACCAGUGGCUGAUGGAUACACAGCAAGAGGAGCGAGCAGGGGAACUGCAGGAGAGCCAAGGGGAUGGGCUGGCAGCCAUCAGCCUGUACCUCAAAGCGGGGCUCCCUGCCAAGGCAGCUCGGCUGGUGCUGACCCGAGAGGAGCUGCUGGCCAACACGGAGCUGGUGGAGCACAUCACCGCGGCUCUCAUCAAGGGGGAGCUCCACGAAAGGGCAGGUGACCUCUUUGAGAAGAUUAGAAAUCCACAGCGGGCCCUCGAGUGCUAUUGUAAAGGCAACGCAUUCAUGAAAGCUGUAGAGCUGGCUCGAUCAGCCUUCCCCACAGAGGUGGUGAGACUGGAGGAGGCGUGGGGGGACCACUUGGUGCAGCAGAAGCAGCUCGACGCCGCCAUUAAUCACUACAUUGAAGCCAGGUGCUCCAUUAAAGCGAUUGAGGCCGCCCUGGGUGCCCGCCAGUGGAAGAAGGCAAUUUAUAUAUUAGACCUACAGGAUCGGAACGUUGCAUCCAGAUACUAUCCUCGAGUGGCCCAGCACUAUGCGUCUCUGCAGGAGUACGAGAUUGCUGAGGAGCUCUACAUUAAGGGAGACCGGACCAAAGAUGCUAUAGACAUGUACACGCAGGCUGGCCACUGGGAGAAAGCCCACAAGCUGGCAAUGAAAUGCAUGCGACCGGAAGAUGUGUCGGUACUGUACAUCACUCAGGCCCAGGAAAUGGAGAAGCAGGGCAAGUACCGCGAGGCUGAGAGGCUGUAUGUGACAGUGGAGGAACCUGAUCUUGCCAUCACUAUGUUCAAAAAGCACAAGUUGUAUGAUGACAUGAUCCGUCUGGUAGGAAAGCACCACCCAGAUCUGCUUAGUGACACACAUCUCCAUCUGGGCAAGGAGCUGGAGGCUGAAGGCCGGCUGCAGGAGGCAGAGUAUCACUAUCUUGAGGCCCAGGAGUGGAAGGCGACAGUAAAUAUGUACCGGUCCAGUGGGCUUUGGGAAGAGGCCUACCGGGUGGCCAAGACUCAUGGAGGAGCUAAUGCCCAUAAGCACGUGGCCUAUCUGUGGGCGAAGAGCCUGGGAGGAGAGGCUGCCGUGAGAUUGCUGAACAAGCUGGGACUCCUAGAAGCUGCUGUUGACCAUGCCGCUGAAAACUGUUCCUUUGAAUUUGCUUUUGAGCUCUCACGCCUGGCCCUCAAGCACAAAACCCCUGAGAUUCAUCUCAGAUACGCUAUGUACCUGGAGGACGAGGGUAAAUUUGAAGAGGCUGAAGCUGAGUUUAUCAGAGCUGGCAAACCCAAAGAGGCCGUCCUCAUGUUUGUCCACAACCAGGAUUGGGAGGCGGCUCAGCGUGUGGCCGAGGCCCAUGACCCCGACAGUGUCACUGAGGUGCUUAUAGGACAGGCCCGCGGAGCUUUGGAAGAGAAGGACUUUCAGAAAGCAGAAGGUCUGCUGCUUCGAGCCCAGAGACCAGGAAUGGCCCUCAAUUUCUAUAAGGAGGCUGGACUAUGGAGUGAUGCUCUGCGGAUCUGCAAGGACUACGUGCCUGGCCAGCUGGAAGCCCUGCAGGAAGAAUAUGAGCGGGAAGCCACCAAGAAGGGAGGCAGAGGCGUGGAGGGACUCGUGGAACAAGCCCGGCAGUGGGAGCAGGCAGGGGAGUACGGCCGCGCAGUCGACUGCUACCUCAAAGUGCGGGACUGUGGGAGCAGCACCCUGGUGGAGAAGUGCUGGAUGAAGGCAGCAGAGCUCUCCAUCAAGUUUCUGCCUCCCCAGCGCAGUCUGGAAGUAGUUCGGGCUGUCGGACCCCAGCUCAUUGGAAUUGGAAAGCACAGUGCGGCUGCAGAGCUCUACCUGAACAUGGACCUUGUCAAGGAGGCGAUCGACGCUUUCAUUGAGGGUGAAGAGUGGAACAAGGCCAAGCGUGUAGCUAAGGAGUUGGACCCGCGGUACGAAGACUACGUAGACCAGCAUUAUAAGGAUUUCCUCAAGAACCAGGGCAAAGUGGACUCGCUGGUGGGUGUGGAUGUGGUAGCUGCUUUGGACCUGUAUGUGGAGCAGGGCCAGUGGGACAAGUGCAUCGAAACAGCCACUAAGCAGAACUACAAGAUUCUGCACAAGUACGUGGCUCUGUAUGCCACUCACCUGAUCCGAGAGGGCGGCUAUGCCCAGGCAUUGGCCCUCUAUGUGCAACACGGAGCCCCUGCUAACCCACAGAAUUUCAAUAUUUAUAAGCGGAUCUUCACUGACCUGGUCAGCUCUCCUGGGACCAACAGUGCCGAGGCCUAUCACAGCUGGGCGGAUCUUCGGGACGUGCUCUUCAAUCUGUGUGAAAACCUAGUGAGGUCCAGUGAGGCCAACUCUCCUGCCCAUGAGGAGUUCGAGAAGAUGCUGCUGAUUGCUCAUUACUACGCCACUCGAUCUGCGGCCCAGAGCGUCAAACAGCUGGAAACCGUGGCUGCCAGGCUUUCUGUUUCGCUCUUGCGGCACACCCAGCUGCUGCCCGCAGACAAGGUCUUUUAUGAAGCAGGCACUGCUGCCAAGGCUGUCGGCUGGGAGAACAUGGCCUUCAUCUUCCUCAACCGCUUUUUGGAUCUGACUGAUGCCAUUGAAGAGGGUACACUGGAUGCCCUGGACCACUCGGAUUUUCAGGACACAGACAUUCCCUUCGAGGUGUCGCUCCCAGCCAAGCAGCAUGUGCCAGAGGCCCAGAGAGAAGAGGUUCGAGACUGGGUGCUAACCGUCUCCAUGGACCAGCGGCUGGAGCAGGUCCUGCCGCAGGAUGAGCGCGGCACCUAUGAGGCUUCCCUGGUGGCAGCCAGCACUGGAGUUCGGGCGCUGCCCUGCCUCAUUACAGGUUACCCCAUUCUGAGGAACAAAAUUGAAUUUAAGCGACCAGGAAAGGCUGCUGACAAGGACAACUGGAAUAAGUUCCUUAUGGCCAUCAAGACCUCCCACAGCCCCGUGUGCCAGGACGUGCUGAAGUUCAUCAGUCAGUGGUGCGGGGGUCUCCCCAGCACCAGCUUUUCCUUCCAGUGACUGGGAGAGUGGAGGAAGAGCUGAGGCCUCUCCUUCAGUGAAGUUAUGUUAACUAACGGAAACCUCUGUGUUCCCUGAUCACAGCCAACUGCAACACCAGCACGGUACCCUUUCCCCCCCUAAGAACUGUGACUGAGUAAAAGAAAAGAAAUUCUUUAUUACAA